AUGCACGCAUCUAACACCACACCGGCAAUGCCAGCCCCGUCAUCCGCCUCCGAACCUCCCAGUGCCUGUCCGGUCCGGUCUACAGAUUCCCCGUUCUAUGUGCCUCCGAAGUCCAAGUCCCCUGAGUCGCAGCCUCCCUCGAACCCAGCUCCCAGCUCCGAUUCGCGAUCUACGCUGUCAAAGCUGAACCCUCUCAACUACAUGUUCGCCUCGAUCUCCCAGGAAAGGGCGCCCAACCAGACUGUGGAUCUCCCCGUGGAGCGAGAAGUUUCGUCUAUCCCCAGAUCCGAUAUGAAUGAGAACUGGGAAUAUCCUUCCCCCCAGCAGAUGUACAAUGCCAUGCUGCGCAAAGGUUACACCGAUACCCCGCAGGACGCCGUCGAGGCCAUGGUUGCUGUUCACAACUUCUUGAAUGAGGGCGCUUGGGACGAGAUUGUUCGGUGGGAGCGCAUAUUCUCCAAGGGCUUGGCAGAUGGCUGGGAGAAAUGUCGUCGCGGAGAAGAGAACAUUGCGAUGGACGAGUUUAAGGAGCAGAUGUCCAGGGCUCCCAAGCAGGAUGUUCCUCCACCGCGACUCAUCCGAUUCCAGGGUCGCCCGCACGACCUAACGCCCAAGGCACGGAUCCUUCAGGCUUUGGGCUGGGUGUAUCCUGCCAAAUUCGAGUCAAACCCACCCUUCGAUCGCCACGAUUGGUUUGUGAUGCGGCAGACGCCAUCCGGUCCUAAGGAAGUCCGUUAUGUUAUUGACUACUAUUCCGGUCCUCCCGAACCCACCGGAGAGCCUGUUUUCUACUUGGAUAUUCGACCGGCCCUGGACACCCCAACUGCCGCCGUUGAGCGACUAAUGAGAUGGGGAGGAGAUGUCUGGUGGCGUGCCAGUGGCGCCUCCGUUCGGGAAAACUAA